UCUCAGAGAGGAUGAACACAAUCCACUCCCAUUUAGAGACAUGUAUCCUCCUUAGAGAAAAUUGAAAAAAUUUCUAUCAGAAAACCAAUCAGACUUUAUCCGUGAUUCACAAACUCUUGUUAAGACGUAUCAAUUUCUUUGGUGUCAUUUUAUACAUACUUAUCUCUGACCACGACGGAGAGCGCAAACAAAUUAGACGAAUCUAAAUAAGGCAUCUAAACAAAAUUGUGUCUUAAAGUUUAUUGAAAUUAGCUGUUGAAGAUACUGUGGUGGAGGAGAAGAAAAGGGGGCCAGGUCCAGGGAUGGCUUACCGAUGGGGUAAUACGCUUCGACGUGGUCGACGUUUUCCUGACAUUUGCACCCCCAAAGCAUUAAUCGUAAUCGCACUGAUCCUCUGCUGGAGAAACGGAUCUAAUGCGGAUAAUCACCACAAAAAUCUACGACUCCGAGCCCCACCGAGCUACCUUGGCCCACUUGAUUCUUCAUUCAAAGACGGCAUCGGCCCCUCUGACGAAAAUGGGAUUAUUGGUCCUUUCGUAGGGAACAUUGCCGAUGCCGAAGAAACGCUGCAUUCUCCCAAGCGUAAAAAAGACUGCGGAGGAAUGCCAUCAAUCGCGGCGAGAGGCUUGGUUGGUCCUACCCUGAAACGCGCAUUUUUCGCCGCAACCAGGGAGGAGAUGGAGGGAAAGAUGCAGGAAGAAACACGGGAGAAGCGAGAGGUUAAGAGAUCCGAGACCAACAAUGAGCCCUCGCUCCCUUGGACGUGUGAAACUAAAUAUGAAUGGAGAGAUCACGGUGCGGAUCACUACCCGAGAUUUAUUCGCACGGCGGAUUGCAAGACGAGGAGUUGCUUCAAUGGGUUCUUUAGAUGCCGACCUCGCCGGUAUAAAACCAAAGUUUUAAAACGAGUCUCCCCGUCCGACUCCACUUCUUGUGAGGAAGACGACGUGUCACUCCCUGAGAGCUUAAGGUCGCAGUGGCGUUUUAUCACGGUGACCAUUAGUUUGUGUUGUGAUUGUGUGGGUCGUAUCCCGGGAGCCGUAGAAGUGUAAUUUUAAAUCGCAUUAAUUGAGACCAGUAGUAUAUUUAUAAUGCUUAAAAUCGCACCUUAGGCAAAACAAUUUUUAGCAAGACUCCAAUGCAAAAUAUGGAAAAAAUUGAUAUACACUAGUCAAUAUUCACCAAUUUUCUUUCUUUCACAUCGUAACAGUCACUACAAUUUAUGUCAUGUGCAGGCUAAAGUAUAGUAAUUGGUUUUUACUUAAAUCGUUAAUUACCUUAUUCAUCGGAAUUUGGGACUAAAAAUUCCUUGUUAGUGCGGAUGACUUGUGCAAAAAAUGUUAGCUUUUGUCAAUGUUAUACAUUUUAGACAUAUAUUAGGUGCAUUUUAUUUUUACACCAACCAUAGAAUUUCGCCAAGAUGGCAUUUCGAAUAAAUAUAGAUUUAUAUAUAUGCAGAAUUAGUAGAAUAGAAUCAAGUUUUGAGUUUGCUGGAUCUAUGUAUUACUUUGUAAUUUUUGUGCUCAUUGUAAUUAACAUGACUGUGCUUACCAUUAACUUAAUUGUAAUUUGCGACUCAAAAUAUUUACAAUGAGUCACUGACGCAAGCUCAAAUGUAGAUAGAUAAUACCAUUUUGCUCAGAAUUAUGGGAAGUGCAACAAUUAGUGUGUUAACGGUAGACAUGUACAUCUAGAGAUAAUGGUAUAAUUAUAAAUGUCCGUAGACAUGUAUGUAAAGUAUUUGUUUAGUUGUGUCUAUAAGACCCAACACAGAUUUUAAAUGUGUUUGUAUCAAUUUUAGUGUAAUCUUGCAUGCUCGUACAAAUACAAGUGUGAUACCUAUUAAAGUAUGGUCAUAAAAGGGAGA